CUCCAGCAACCCGCGAGUGACUGGCUCAGCCUCCCCCGCUCCAGCCUCCCGGCCAGCUGCUCCCCUGCACUCCUUCCUUUCUUAGGGUAGCAUCUCGCGACCCCCGCUUCUCUCCGAGGGCGUUCCUGCGCUCCCAGCGAGGAAGGGUCCACCCUGCCUCGCCUCCUCCCCUCGGGCUCGGGCGGCGCAGGCGCAGCAGACGCGGCCGGGAGGCCGAGAACCAGAGCCGGUUGGGACAUCGCGCUCCUGGUACUGUGGGGGCCCAUCGGCUUCCUGCCCUGCUUCGCUUUCAUGUGGCUGAUGGACAAGAGAGGUUUGCGGGUGACCGUGCUUCUGACGUCCCUUCUUGUGGUUUUGGGAACUGGUCUAAGGUGCAUACCUGUAUCAGACUUAACCCUUAGGAGGAGAUUAAUCCAUGGCGGACAGAUAUUAAAUGGACUGGCAGGCCCAACUGUCAUGAAUGCAGCCCCGUUCCUCUCUACAACAUGGUUCUCUGCAGAUGAGCGAGCCACUGCCACAGCAAUUGCAUCAAUGUUGAGUUACCUUGGUGGAGCAUGUGCGUUUCUUGUCGGGCCCCUCGUCGUUCCAGCUCCCAAUGGGACAUCGCCCCUUCUCGCUGCAGAGAGCAGCAGGGCUCAUAUCAAAGACCGCAUCGAGACUGUGUUAUAUGCAGAGUUUGGAGUUGCCUGUCUAAUAUUUACUGCAACCCUCGCUUAUUUUCCACCCCGGCCUCCUCUUCCUCCCAGUGUUGCUGCAGCCAGCCAGCGGCUGAGUUACCGACGCAGCUUUUGUAGGUUACUAAGCAAUUUGCGGUUUUUGAUGAUUGCCUUAGCGUAUGCCAUACCACUUGGUGUGUUUGCUGGCUGGUCUGGAGUUCUGGACUUAAUUUUAACACCAGUGCAUGUCAGCCAAGUAGAUGCUGGCUGGAUUGGAUUUUGGUCUAUAGUUGGAGGAUGUGUUGUUGGGAUAGCUAUGGCGAGGUUUGCAGAUUUUAUCCGGGGUAUGCUGAAACUAAUUCUUCUCCUCCUGUUUUCUGGGGCUACACUGUCCUCCACAUGGUUCACCCUGACCUGUCUAAACAGCAUCACCCACUUGCCUUUGACGACAGUGACGCUGUACGCCUCCUGCAUCCUCCUGGGAGUGUUCUUGAACAGCAGCGUUCCUAUAUUUUUUGAGCUUUUUGUGGAAACUGUCUACCCUGUUCCAGAAGGAAUUACUUGUGGAGUUGUCACUUUUUUAAGUAAUAUGUUUAUGGGAGUGCUUCUAUUUUUUCUCACAUUUUAUCAUACAGAGUUGUCUUGGUUCAACUGGUGCCUUCCCGGGUCAUGUCUGCUCAGUCUUCUCCUCAUUCUGUGCUUCAGGGAAUCCUAUGACAGACUCUACCUUGAUGUAGUCGUCUCGGUUUAAUGCCACAGACUCUCGGGACUUCAAAGGGACUGCACGUCAGUGCUGCUUGGAAUUUGCUUGGAAUUGCACAUCUAAUGGGAGGAAAGGAGAAGAAACUUCUUUCACAGGUUUUGUUAGGUUACAGAAUCUCACAUUAAUUUAAUGACUACUGGGUAACAAUGAUGCAGGACUUGAGUGUCGUGGGAGUUUGAAGCCUCUGUGGACCGCACACCGUGCUGGCAGCACAUCUAUGCUGGGCUCUGGAGUAGGGAUGUGACAUCUCACAUGGGAUACACUGCUCACGUAAGUAGCCCCUUGUGUGCGGUCGUGACAGUGCUAACCUACUGACGAGCUGAAUUACGAGAAGAAGACUGGGCGCCCGUUCCGUGAAGAUGACUCCUCCCAAGCACACGGCAGAAGGAGACACGCCACUAACUUCUAAAGACGUUUAAACCCUGUAUCAAAUUUUAAUUAAAAAUAGCCGAGCUGUAUACCAGUGAUAGGACUUAGCCACAUGUACACUACGUGUUUUUCUAAUAAAGCCAUUUCUUAUAUGACUCCUUAUUUUUAAUCAGGUUGGAAGCCUUUUGCUGUCUUUGGGCACAGGCACUGCCUCAUCCCCACUAGCCCUGUUUCUGUGAUUACAGCAUCAGUCACAGCAGCAAGGUGACGAAAUGCCUGAUAGGGUUGCAUUAACUGUUGUGUGAAAAGUGUAAUUCCGUUAUGAUUUGGCACUUUGUUAAGGAUUAAAUGAGAGUCACACGAAGCAUGAGUGUCUGCAGCACCUUGUAGUAGCACACGUGUAAAGUCCAGCCACCACUGUUAUUUACCAGCUUAGAUUGUAUUUAAAUGACCCCCAUUUGAAAAGAACAGUGUAUAACAUUGAAGGUUUCAGAUCUGUGCGUGAUUUCUGAUUGAGCCCUUGUGUUUAGAUUGUAAUAUACUCAAUGCUAAAUGAAGUCAUUGUAUUUGAUUG